GCAGUGCGUACACGAGACCCUGCUUCUCUUCGCCGAGGCCCUCCAAGAAAACAAGGAGGUGGAACUCUCCUUCAAGGGCAUCGGCAUCCUUGCUGUGCGAAAAAAAGUGGUCAGCAUGACCUUCUUGGACGAGUGCCUGCUGGAGCUGGAUGGGACAGGGAACAUGCUGGCAGCUCUUCUCGGGGACCCUAAGAUGAUGAGGAUCGUGGCCUUCGCGGGCAAAAACGAUUUUAGUCGUCGCAGUCGAGACACGGUCAUCACGCUGCCAAGGCUUGCAUUUGAGAUCCCCCACCAAACAUCGGUCCCCACGAUUUCUCUGAAGCCCACGAGAGAUCUGGCGCCCUGGGGCGGGGGUGCCCGCAGAGUGAGUGUGCUGGAUCCAGUGUUCCUGGCUCAGCGGAGGGUUUCUCUAGCCAGACAGCAGGUGAAGGAAGGCGAACAGGCUACAGCCAAGGAAGCUGGCCCAGGCAGAUUCCUGCCAGUAAUCCAGCAGAAUUCCAAGGAGGACCUGACGCAGGCCAGACCUCCAGGCUGCCCAGACUUGCAGCUCCCUGCAUGUGCCGCGCAGCCCUCAGGAAUGGGAACGGGCUCCCUCCGCGCGGAGAGGGCAGGGAAACGGCACCAGGUGCUGAUGGCAUCCAGGCGCAAAGAGGUGGAAGCGGAAGUGUGGCACCAAUACCAUGCCAAGAGAGCGGGGCAGCACAUGGAGCGAGGCCAGACCUCCUGCCGCCACCUGUUCGAGGAUCCCUAUCGCCCUCCCCACCUCCUGAGAAAGGCCUACGCCGAGAAGCUGAAGGAGAGGCUACAGGAGAAGGAGAGCUGCCAGAGGCCUGCGAGGCAGAUGGCGUCCGAGGGGCGGGCAGAGCUGCACCCCCCGCAGACAGCGUGGGAAGUCAAGGGGGAGAAGACGAGGCUGCUGGAGCGCCGCGGGAGGGCCCAGGGACUGCCCGCCAUGCCAAGGAGCUGCGAGCAGCCCCGAGGAGCUGUCACGGCGUCCACCCUUUCCAGCCGGAGAGCUGCCAGCAACGGGUGGCAGGGGCGAGGAGCGCCUUUCCAAGGGGAACGUGCCAAAUAAAGGCUGCUGGUGCCUGGGCCCAGCCAGCGUGGCCGUGCUGCUGCCUGCCUUGCCUUUCUCUGCGGCCACGGGCACGGGAGGGGCCCCGCAGCCCCCUGCUCGGAGGGGUCUCUGGGCAAAUGGCCAGAGGACUGGUCCUGCCAGCCGGUCACCACAGGCCAUGCGACCAGGAGAGCGGUGUCCCUUCCAGGAAAUAACUGAAAAUAACUGCUAGAAUGUAGAGCUAAAUCAUGCACAGACAUAAAUUUACAGUUUUGGGUAGUGGAGGCGAAUAAUAUAAUAUCUGCAUUGAAAUGUGUUGCAUGCCUUUAAAAAAAAAAAAUGAAGCGGAAAAAAAGUAUUUACAGAGA